AUGAUUUUGCUAGGGUUAAGGAGAACAUCUCUUCAGCUGACUCUCCUCUAUAGGUGCAUCACCCACACCCGUGAGCUCAGACAUGAGAACCCUUUGGGUUUGCCUAAAAAGGGCCCAGAGAUGCCCCGGAUGUCAAAAGGGUUGCCAAUUAAGCAGAAAAUCCCCGGUGUUGCGAAAAUUAUUCUCGUCUCAUCUGCCAAGGGCGGUGUGGGCAAGUCCACCGUCUCGGUCAACUUGGCAUUGGCCUUGCAGAAGCUCGGAAAAACUACUGGCUUGCUCGACGCGGAUAUUUUCGGGCCUUCCGUUCCAAGAUUGUUGAAUUUAUCUGGGGAGCCAAGAAUCUCAGAUGACGGAAAACUUUUGCCUCUUUCUAACUAUGGAAUCCAGUCCAUGUCCAUGGGGUAUCUUGUUGCCCCUGAAAACGCUGUCGUCUGGCGAGGUUUGAUGGUAAUGAAGGCGCUUCAGCAGCUCCUUUUCGAGGUCAAAUGGGAAAACUUGGACUAUUUGGUUAUCGAUAUGCCCCCAGGGACCGGUGAUACCCAGCUCACCAUCAGUCAGCAGUUGAAGGUGGACGGUGCGGUCAUUGUAUCGACUCCCCAAGACAUUGCCCUUAUCGAUGCAGUCAAGGGUAUCGCCAUGUUUAAGAAGGUGAAGAUUCCAUUACUUGGACUUGUGCAAAACAUGAGCUACUUCGUCUGCCCCAACUGCAGCCAUGAGUCCCACAUUUUUGGAAGUGAUGGUGCGAGGCGAGAAGCCGCAGCACACAACCUUGACGUGUUGGGAUCCAUUCCCUUGAAUGAGGAGAUCUGUGUCCAAUCCGAUAAGGGUAGACCAGUAGUGAUCGCGUCCAGUGAAGCCAUCGCAAAACCAUACUUGGACAUUGCCGAGAAGGUAAUUGCCAAAUUGGGAUAG